AUGGUCAAUCGAUGGAACAAGGCUAUCGCUGUUGGGCUCCGGCACAACCACGACAUUUCCUUCAUUGCGACGCAGCGCAAGACCAUGGCCCUUAUGUAUUAUGUCACGAACUACGCGACGAAGGUGGAGGACCCGGUGUGGAAGCGUGUGGCGGCCGCGGCCGAUCUCCUGGCCGCCUCAACGGGUGACGGCACGGCCAACGGAGGACAGGACGACGGUGGAGGUGCUGUCGAGGUCGUCGCUCAUCUUCUUGGAUAUCCGGCCGAGUUCACCAACAGCAGCGCCUGGGCGUACCUGAACACAUCUCUGCUGUACUGGGAAGUCUUUCGACGGUGGCCGUAUCUCCGACGAGCAAGUGGCGCGGCGGCCAUAGAUGAUACUCUGGAUGAGUCGGUGCUCAGGCGGCCGGGCAAGCAUGCUACCGUCUGCCUCGAUGGCUACCUGAGCAAGGACUUCGGCCACAACGACGACGAGGAGUCGUGCCACCGGAGGGCAGCCGUGCAGCAUCUUGCGCUAUUUGUGCCGUGGGAGUCCUUUCUGUGCGAAGAAACAGCCGAAGACGCAAAGCGCGACGCCAAGCAAUGGGCGGCCUCAUCCGGCGAUGGCGAUUCCACGGUCGCCCACGUCGAGGAGGGCGAGACAGGCGAGGCGGGCGCAGAAUUUGCAGCGACGUAUCGGUCCAACAACAUCGGAGACGCAACGCGCCUGAUCGACGUCGUCCGAGGCGCAGUGGGCACGAAUCAGGUGACGGCCAAGUCGCCGGAGCUCAUGGCAAUGAUGCGGCAGCUCUGUCGAUUCCAGCAAUCGGCGCUCUGCUCAACGGCCGAGCUCGAGGCCAUCGCGAUUCCCGAACAAGGGUUGAGGGCGGGCGGCGCGAACACAGCCAAGGACCUUGACGGGGUGCGGCUGGCAAAACGGGCGGAGCGGUUCAUCCACGGCCAGUCUCGGAUGGACUGGCAGGAGAAGGACGUGCUUGUCAUCGACGAGGUGAGCAUGCUCGGAGCGCGGACGCUGCACGCCAUAAACGAGCGACUCUGUCGGCUUCGCGGAUCGCAGAAAGAUUUCGGGGGGAUCCCCAUCGUCCUCUUCUGCGGAGACUUUCAGCAGUUCCGGCCGGUCCAAGAGAGGUCGAUCGUCCUGCCGAGCGCGGCCAUCUCGUGGGACGUAGACAACUCGUUCAAGGCCGAGCAGCGGCACCAGCACGACAAAGCGCACGCGCUGUGGAAGAGAUUCACGACGGUCGUCAUGUUGAACGAGCAAAUGCGCGCCGCCGGACCGCACGGAUCUGGACCUCCUCAACUCAGGUGCUACCGCGAGGGCAGGCGGAUCCCUUGGGAGACUGGCAUCACCGUGGUGACGCCGCUGAACAGGAAUCGGUGGAACCUAAACAUGGAGGCAAGCUUGGCGUUCCGGGUCCAGCAGCGGUCGACGAUGCGCAUCUUCAUCUCCGAGCACAAGUGGAAGGAGGGCCUGCCGACCGAGGAAGAAGCGAUCAUGGUACUCAAUCAAGGCGACGAUAGCGCGAUCCCCGUGCCGGCCGUCUUCAUGUUCGUGGCCGGGAUGCCGGUCGUCGUGAACCACAACACCCAUCAGGGGCUGAAGCUGGUGAACGGCGCCGGCUACUCGGCGGUGGAGGUCAUUGUCGACAAGGCGUCCCCAGGGCAUCGAAUCUCGUCCGACAUGACGAUCCACUUCGGGCCGCCGGCGGGGAUAUUACUGGAAUCGGCGACGACAAAGGACCUCCACUUCAACGACGUCAGCCGGAAGGGAUUGCCGUGCGCAGCAGCCUUCGCCUGCACGGACUACAAGGUGCAGGGCAGAACGCAGAGCGCGUGGCCCUGGAGCUGCGGGGACACGGACGACGAAAGUCGAUGGAAGGGCCGUGCCCUCGCAAUGCGACCCGUACAGCUUAUAUGUGCAGCUAUCGCGCUGUCGAACGCUAGACGGCAUCACGCUCGUGUCCAAGGUGCGGGAGAGACUUGGUGGGCAACCGAGUCCCCGAAGAGAUGA